CCAUCCUCCAUCAACAAGGCAGCAUCGGUCAACAGCGCAAACCGACACAUCGCCAUCGCCCCCACCUCUUUUCUUACUUUCGCAAACACAUCUUCACUCGUUCAAACAGCUCGACACGCGGAAAUCCUCGCAAGACUACGGCCGCCUCAUCCCUCGCACCACCGUCUGUUUCGCCGACCAACUAAAUUUCUUGGCUCGUCCCACAACCUACGUUGCCACUACCCCCACCCAAUCAAUCGCACACGCGCGCGUGAAAAAAAAAUCUUCGCCCUACUACACUACCCAGAACAUCAGUUUGGGCAGUAGCAGAGCACGCGUGUUCUUUUGAUUCCUCCACCACCACAUCAUGUCAACCGAGGCAUCGCCACAGCAACCUACUCACCUCGGCCAAACCUACGCUCAAGCAGCCAUGUCUGUUGGAACCGCUCCUAACGGUGGUCAGCCUCCGGCCCACCUUCUCGGCCCCGACUCGGGCAACCGCUCCUACGCCGACUCUGACGCGGCGGCCUCGGCUCCCGACUCGCCUGCCGUCCCCCCCACCAAGGGCAAGAACGGCGCGACUGGCCCCGCCGAGGGCAAGCCCAAGCCUCACGUGUGCCCCAUCUGCCAGCGCGGCUUCACCACUGGAGGUCACCUCCAGCGUCACCAGCGGAUACAUACGGGCAUCAAGGCGUUCAAGUGCCCUUACCCCGGCUGUGAGACGAGGACUAGUCGUCAGGACAACCUCCAGCAGCACUACCGCACCCACCUGUCCCCCACCCUCCGACGAGGAUCGGGCACGGCGGCGCGCCAGGCUGUUGCUGCGGCCAUGAUGGCUGCUGGCCUCAAGUCGUCGACGAGCCGUCAGCCUCGCAAGUCGAAGGGCUCGCAGGUUGGCACCCCCGGCUCAUCAUCGGGUGCGAGUGGCGUCCACGGCCAGUCGCCGUACCAGACCCCCACGCAGGGCGCUGCUCCGUACGGCGGCUACAUGUACGACCCCAACCAGCACGGCUACCCGUCGUACCCGCCUACGAUGCCUCCCGGCGUCGGCGGCGGCGGCAUGCCCCAGCCCCAGUCGGCCCAGUCGAGCCGUGUGCCCUCGCCCGUCAACGGCCACUCUUCGCAGAGCGGCGGUGUGCCCUCGGCGCACCACCAGCAGUACUUCUCGCAGCCCUUCUCGCCCGCCUACGCCUACCCCAACUCGUCGUACGGCCAGGCGUACCGCUACGGCCAGCCCGGCGCUGUUCCCUCCCCCUACGGCCCGCCCUCGCACCACUCGAUCUACUCGCAAGGCAUCGCUCCCGAGCACGGCGGUCAGCAGCACAUGUACUCGCCUCUGCAGACUGGCUUUGCCCCCCACUCGCGCGACUCGCAGUACAAUGUCAUCAACCCCAGUGGAUACGCAAGCCAGGCCCCAAUGGGCAAUGGAUACCCCCCCAGGACGCAAACUAGCUGAGAUGCUCGCUUCUGCCGGCGUCGUUGAUACCGCGAACCUCUCGACGACGGCCGGCCAUCAGGCCGCCUCGCGCGCUCCGCUCUCUGCUGCCGUCCCUCCCCAAUACUCGUAUAGUGCGGCUGCGGCGUCCCAGCAGGCUAAUGGGUACAAUUAUGGUGCCCAUCAGCAGUCGCUAGGCCGCAGUGCUGUUACGAAUAUGGGGGGUGUUGUCGGUGGCCCGGAUACCAAGGCGUUCAUCAAACACGAAUAGAGUCUCUCUUUGCAUGUACAACCACAAGCUCACACCACACCCACUCCCACACCACACACACACACACCACCACUACUACCACCACCCAACCUCUGCAAGCGUUUCCUUGGAAUCAUUCUCAACACCCAGCGUUUCUUCUUGCCCGAGCACCCACAAACUCGCAACCCACACCUUCCCACCCUACGCCAAUCUUCACACGGCCGGCCGUCACACGUAACCCGUGAUAUCCAUUACCUUUAUACCCCAUGCUUGUCAGGACACGGUAAUCUGUACUCCAUGCAUGUCGCUCGAGCAAA